AUAUUCUCCUCUUAGUGCGAAAGGCUUGCUCUAUCCUCCAACUUCACGGAGCAGCUAGUAAUUACAGCGACAGAAAAACUUCAACAAGCAUCCCGAACCCUACUUUGUCUUCAAUAAACAUGUCAGAUGAGGAUGAUAAAGGUCUCCUCUCAGGAAAUAUUGAGCACCUCAACCUUGUAUCGUCCUAAAGAUAUUUUGGAGCAUUUAACACUUCCUCCAAAACUGGAUCUUGAAGAUUUUAUAUCGAAUUUAAAUCCUUCACAGUGCACCAUGGGCAUGAAAGUUUUCAGUAGUUCUAGUUUGCCACCUUGGUCAUUUUCACAUGGGGGUACCUGCAAACCUGUUCUAGAUUCUUGUAGAUUUUCCCUGCCACGGGGCGGCGGUCAGAGUAAAUGGGUUAGGAUAGAAAGAAGAUCAACUUCAACUGGAGAUGAUAACAGUCGCCUCUCUGGCCUUGAAAAGAAGACAUUUGACUAUUAUGACAAUUUGGCUAACCAGCAAAAGGUUGAUGAACUUCUUCAAGAUGUAGAAGUGCUGUCUGAAUCUGUUUUACAUCCAUUUAGUGGGCCACAGAGCACAUCGGAAUCCCAUGGCCUACACUGUAGUAAUUUAGUUAAAGAAUCUGGUGCUUCUUGUUCUCUCGAGUCUAUAGAGCUUGAACCACAUCAUGAGCAUUCAAAAAAUCAAAAGAAAGAUGACUACAAAGAUAAUUUGUGUGAUCAAAAUUCUGAGUCUGAAGCUGGUUUGAGGUGUCUGGGAAACGAAUCAAGUUUAGCUGAUUCCCCAAAACCUGAUCCACUAUGCAAGGGCAAUGAAAUUGUUCAGGACGAGCACCCUAGAAGAAUCACAGAUGAUUGUUGCAGAGGCUGCUCUGGUUAUUCUUCAAGAUGCUCCACUAGAGGAUAUGAGCAAGGUUUAUCACGCUCUCCUGCAUCUGAUGUACCUAAACAAGGUCGUUCUUCAGAGUUGUUGGCUGCUGCUUCAAUACUAUGUGAGAUUGCUAGCUGUUCCCAUGCGAAAAAGGCGCAGAAAGAUACCUUCAUGAGGGCUAAAUGUGCAUUUAUGGAAAAGAAGAGUAAAUAUCUUAACACAUCGUCCUCUGUCGAGAGAACAGAGAGGUUAUUUUUGGCCCCAAGAAACCACGAAAGCUUUAAACGGGCAGCCAUACCGUCAUCAAGAGUACACAAACUGAUCAGUGAACAACAAAGGGAGUUCACACACACAGACAACGUGAGCAGAGAACCUGUGAAAUGGUUUGUAUCUGCUGAAGCUGGUUGUGCUUCGUCGACAAAGUUAGAAAAGAACCACACGAAAACGAACAACAGGGUUCUGCAUGGAAAUUCCAUAAAACAAUCAGGUUUGAUGCCGUCACCAAUAAAGGUUGAGAACGUUUAUGGCAGCCAUCUGAAGCUUGGAAAAGAAAAAUUGAAGGCUUCAUCGGUAAUCUUCGAGGAAAACUCUACUAAAGACAGGAGCAGAGUGAAGAGCCAGAGGGGGUGAUCAUACAUUAUUAUUCUAACACUAGAAGUGAAAAGAUUGUGAUUGUAAAGGUGGAAGAUUGGCUAGUUUUAGAUUUUUAGAUUUAACAUUAGCUAAAAUUAAGCUGACAAGUUUUAUGUACAGACUUUCAAAAGUUGUUGACCCUGGAAAGAGGGAGAAUCCAAUUUGUAUGCUGAAAUGAGAGCCGUUUGUCGAUAACAGUUGAAUGUUGUGAUCAUCGUUACCAUUAUUUAUUUCGACUCAGGUAAGUUAUUUGUAAUGAAGUGUAGCUAUUAUUUGCGACGAUGGUUUUGUGUAAAAGAUGACAUUUAUGAAAUGAUGAGAAGCUGUCUCGUUACAA